CGGCCAGUAAUUGCAUGGUGGAAGCACGAAGAUAGUUUGGAAUUAGAUAACAACUUUCGAUUAGCGAGCUUGUACCCCAAGUUUAGAAGUCGAUACAGCAAGUGCUGCGGAGCAAGUCGAGUUUUCCGGAAACCUACGGUAUUCAGUAGAUGAGUAUAAUGUCGAACGAAAUAAACAAAUUUGUUCCACCAGAUCAUUUGAAUGAGAAAUUUUUGAAAAGAAGCUUAGAAAAUGGAUUUCAAAUUAGUGGAAUUAAUAUCGUUGAUUUCCAAAUAACAUUGGGAACCCAACCCGGUGAUAACUAUACAAGCACAAUCUAUCGGGUUAAGGUGAUAUACAAAGAACCGAAUUCGGGAAAUAAGGAAGUUUUCCUAAUUGUGAAAAGUAUUCUAGUAGAUGAGCAUCGUGCAUCACUAGAAGAGUUUGGAAUGCUGGAUAAGGAAUUUAACGUUUACAUUGAGAUAUUACCGAAAAUUUCAAAAAUAUUGGGUGACUCUUCGAUGGCCCCAAAAUGCUUUAAUAUUGUCAGAGAACCACACCGCAAUAUAGUUUUCCAGGAUAUGAAAGCUUUAGGAUACAAAGUUGCCAGUCGACAGACUGGGCUCGAUGAACCACACUUUCAGGUAGCGCUGGACAAAAUUGCCAAGUUUCAUGCCGCGUCGAUUAAGCUGCUGAAGGAGGAUCCAACAAUCGAGAAGGAUUUUCGGGAUGGAAUCUUGACAGAACAGUCGGUGGUUGAUCCAAUGUUCCAAACGGUGUUUAGAGAGAAUAUUCCAUUAGUUGCCGAAGUAUUGAAUACGAUGCCAGGAUAUGAACGAUUCUAUCCAAAGUUAAUGAAAAUUUAUGACAACUAUAGAGAGAUUGCUUUGAAGAUGGUAGAGCCCGAUCCCGAGAAUGAUAUAAAAGUAUUAAAUCACGGCGACUUAUGGGUCAAUAAUUUUCUUUUCAAAUACGAUGAAAAAACGCAACAGCCAACAGAUAUAGUGUUUGUUGACUACCAAGGAACCUUCUUCAAUAGCUUGGGAAUCGACUUGAACUAUUUAUUCGCCACGAGUGCCCAGGUGGACGUUCUUAAGCGGAAAAUGGAACUAAUUGAAAAAUAUUACUACCCAGUAUUUAUCGAAACCUUGAAAAAUUUGGAAAUUGAAUCUAUUCCAACCCUCCAAGAUAUAAUCAAUCAAGUGAAACAACGGGAAAUAUAUAAUCUAAUCUGCCUGUUUGCUGCCUUGCCUUUGUUAACGCUGAGCCAAGAAGAUUCGAAAACGAAUGAUUUUUCACAGUUUGCGGAUAAGGAGAAGGCGCGUCAGAAGACAUUAAUUGGAAUGGCCACCAAAAGAUUUUCAGAAUCAAUGAAAUAUACCGUGAAAUAUUUAGAAAACAAAAUUGAUGAAACGAUAAGUAAAUAUUAACAUAUUGUUUAGUAUCUUUGUUUAGUUUUCAAAUUUCUCGAUAGUUUCUAACGAUUUGGAAAAACAGUAAAAAGAUUAUUAAACUAAA